AUGAUGAAAUCAUUGUCUCGUGUCUCGUCCUUUGGAGACGCUAGUUCUUUUGCAGCUCUUACCUCCAGACAGGAAAGUGAACGACCCCGGACAGCAAGACCAGCCACAACUGCCACAAGUAUUGCGUCUCAGGACAUCAUCUGUGCUGUCACGGAGACAGUCUUAUGCCAGAUCUGUGACAGUCAGACCUAUGCCAAAACUGUCACCAAGAUCGCAGUUUUCGAACCCACAGAGAUCCUUUUCAUGAACUCUGCCAGAGAAUCCAAACUCUUCUACAUCAUCCAGGAAAACAUCUCAGACACUACUUACACUUUUCUUGACCGCAGGCAUUGGUCAGAGAAGGUUGGCCACGAAUAUGUUGAUCGCUUGGCGUUUCCGCAAGAUGUUGAAACAAUCAAAAUCGCUCUUGGAGGAAACUACUUUGCAUCGUGUUGCUUGGCUGCUGUGCUCAAGUACGUCGAACUUGAGCUUGACCGGGUAUUUGCAUCACAUUCUCUGCGAAUCAGAUUCGAACCUUCCCAAGGCUCCAUGUCGAUUGACUUGUCCACCAUAGCCUCACUCGAAUUGAUUCAGAAUCUCCAGAAUGCAAAGUCGAAGGAUAGCCUCUUCGGCCUGCUCAAUGAGACUUUAACCCCAAUGGGUGCCAGGCUCCUUAGGGCCAACAUUUUGCAGCCCUGUACAGAAAAUUCGAAGUUGUUGGCAAGAUACGACGCCGUCGAAGAUCUCUCUACCAAAGAGGAUACGUUUAUCUCUGUCAGACAAGCCCUGAAAGGUUUCGUCGAUGCAGACAAAGUUCUGACGUCUCUCAUCCUCGCUCCCACAAAACGCACCUAUCAAUAUGUGGAGCAAUCAGUCAACAACGUCAUCAUGCUCAAAACCUAUGUCUCAUCAAUCAAAUCAAUAUAUAAAGCGCUUGCGACAGCUCAGAGUAGCCUUCUCAUGACUAUACGAGAGUUAUGUGCUCCAGCAGGCCACCGAGCAAUAGAACGGCUUGUUGAAGAGACAUUGAAUGAACAUGUAACGUACCAGACCAAGCCGCUUGAUCUUAGAAAUCAGCGUAUAUACUGCGUCAGGGCCGGCGUCAAUAGUCUCCUCGAUGUCGCAAGGCAGACAUAUAAAGAAGCAAAUGUAGAUGCCGCAGACCUUGUGGCCAAACUCUCAGAAUCGCACAAUCUCAACCUAGACCUCAAAUUCGAUUCGGCUCGUCAGUAUUAUAUCAGUGUGUCCGCUUCGGAGGUAGAGACUCUCCCAGAAACCUUCAUCAAUAUAUACCGCAGGAAAAACCGCAUAGAAUGCCAGACACUUGACCUCGUCAAGCUAAACCAGAAGAUUAUAGACGCGCAUAAUGAGGUCAUCAACAUGAGUGAUCAAACCAUUCAAAGCCUUAUCGACGAUGUCUGCUCGGAAAUAUCCGUCCUUUUCAGGGUGAGCGAAGCUAUAGCCAUGCUUGAUAUGCUUGCUGCUUUUGCGGAGCUUGCCACAUGCAACGAAUACAUCCGACCUGAAUUGACGGAUGUGCUCGCUAUCAAAUCCGGACGGCACCCGAUUCGGGAGAAGAUCCAUACGAAAAAGUUCAUUCCCAAUGACGCUUAUGCAACUCAGCAGUCGCGUUUCCAGAUAAUCACUGGCUCGAACAUGAGUGGGAAAUCGACUUAUAUCCGCUCACUUGCACUGAUGACCAUCAUGGCACAGAUUGGCUGUUUUGUUCCAGCAGAAUAUGCAUCCUUUCCGGUGGUCCACCAGCUCUUCGCUCGUGUCUCUACAUCUGACGAUCUCGAGGCUAAUGUCUCAACCUUCGCCGCGGAAAUGCGCGAGAUGGCGUUUAUCCUCCGUAAUAUCGAGCCGCGGAGUAUGGUGAUUGUGGACGAACUCGGCCGCGGCACGAGUACCACCGAUGGUCUUGCGAUCGCCAUCGCCAUUGCCCAGGCUCUUAUCGAAAGCCACGCCCUUGUCUGGUUCGUUACGCAUUUCCGCGACUUGGCUUUGAUCCUGGCGGAGCGCAGCGGUGUAGUCAGCCUUCAUCUAGCCGCGGAAAUCUCCCCGGAUAUAUCUCGAAUGAUAAUGCUUUACAAAAUCGCAGAAGGUCCAGACACAACGCAAUUCUAUGGCCUUGCGGUGGCAAAGCUUGUAGAUCUGCCGCCAGGUGUGCUCGAGUCUGCUCAGGCAGUAUCGGAGAAAUUGAACAAGAUAGCACAAUGCCGGCAUAGCAAGUCCAAGGCGCUCAUGCUAUCACGUAAGCGUAAUCUGCUGCUUUCUUUGAGAGAGCAACUUUUACAAGCGCGCAAUGGAACACUGGAAGGGGACGCUCUCCGGAAAUGGCUGAAAAAAUUGCAGGAUAACUUUGUACUGCGUAUGGCCGCCAUCGAGGAGGAGACGGCUGAAAUGAGCGACGAUGAAAUCGAUAAUGAUCCAGACACUGUUCCGACCGAAAGAGCACAAGAUAACUUUGAGCACCCAUCUCCCCAGGGGUGCGCUGAAGGUGCCUCUGGUGAUGAACCGCAAACUGCCAUUCUGAUCUCAUCGGCUUCUGGGGAGUCGGUAACAGAUUCCUCUUCACGGGAAAUGUCUCAUGAUGAGACCCCAGCGGACUAA